AUGAUCCGCUUCGGCUGCUCGCAGCUAGUCAUCGCCCGCAUGGAUCCCUUGGUCAACCCGGGGCUUCCCCAGUCACCGCACGUCCACCAGAUCGUGGGAGGGAACUCGUUCAACAUCAGCAUGGACCCGGCCACGCACGACCUCGUCCGGGACUCGACGUGUACCAGCUGCACCUUCGCCGAGGACUUCUCCAACUACUGGACCGCCGUCCUGUACUUCCGGGCCCGCAACGGCACGUACAAACGUGUGCGCCAGUUCCCCAACGUCGGCCUCCGUACCGACGGCGGCGUCACGGUCUACUACAUCCCCCCUUACGACGGAAAGACCAAAGUGACCGCCUUCAAGCCGGGCUUCCGCAUGUUGGUUGGGGACGCCGGCCUCCGAGAGUCCAAGGGAAUGCAAAAGCAGCUCUGCCACCGCUGCCUGGGGGCCACGUACGACCAGGGCGGCGCUCCUUGCACGGGAACUGACUCGAAGGAACUGCCCAACCGCUUCUGCGACGGCGGCAUCCGCACAACCAUCACCUUCCCCACCUGUUGGGACGGCAAGAACACCGACAGCCCCGACCACAAGAGCCACGUCGCCUACCCGAAGGUCGGAUCGUUCGAAACAACCGGCGCUUGCCCGGACAGCCACCCCGUCCGGCUGCCCCAGCUCAUGUACGAAGUCAUGUGGGAUACGGCAGAGUUCAACGACAAGGAGCUAUGGCCAGAGGACGGCUCGCAGCCGUUCGUCUGGAGCACCAACGAUCCACUUGGGUAUUCGCAGCAUGGCGACUAUGUCUUCGGCUGGAAGGGCGAUUCGCUCCAGCGCGCCCUCGAUGCCCGCUGCGGCAAUGCAGUCUGCAAGGAGCUUCGGACGCAGACUUCGGAGGAGGCCCAGAGGUGCACCCUGCCGCAGAACAUCCCUGAGGAUGUGGAUGGAUGGCUGAAAGCGAUUCCGGGUAUGGAGCCGAUGGCUUAA